AUGGAGCCACAGCCCUCCCACAUUAAUAAGGAAGAGGAACACCCACUGAUCCCCCAUUUUAAAGAGGAAGAGGAUGACCCACUGACCACUCACAUCAAAGAGGAAGAGGAGGACACACUGAUCCCCCAUUUUAAAAAGGAAGAGGAGUACCCACUGACACCCCAUUUUAAAAAGGAAGAGGAGUACCCACUGACACCUAAUUUUAAAGAGGAACCAGUGGAUCCACUGAGCCCUCACAUUAAGGAGGAAGAGGAGUACCCACUGACACCUCAUUUUAAAGAGGAACCAGUGGAUCCACUGAGCCCUCACAUUAAGGAGGAAGAAGAGGACCCACUGAGCCCUCACAUUAAAGAGGAAGACCCACUGACCCCUCACAUUAAAGAGGAAGAGGAGGACCCACUGACCCCUCACGUUAAGGAUGAAGAGGAGGACCCACUGAGCUCUCACAUUAAAGAGGAAGAGGAGGAACGCAGCAUCAGUCAGCAGGGAGAGUAUCUUGAAGGACUGGAGGAGGUUGAUGUCACCAAGAUGCCAGUGACUGGUGUCCCUGUGAAGAGUGAAGAUGAUGAGGUCAAAGGUGAGAGUGAGGAGAAGAGAGAGGCGGAGCCUCCAAGCAGCAGCUCAACACAACACAUGACAACAGAAGCUGAUGGAGACCACUGUGGAGGAUCACAAGCAGACAAGAUCUUAGCUCCACUAUCAGAUAACAUCCAUCAGCUGAUUGGACACCAAGAAGAAUGUCUCCCUCAUCUGCAAGGGGACAGUUUCACUUCAGAGGAUCCACAGCCCCCCUAUUUUAAAGAGGAAGAGGAGGGAGAGUGUGUUGUAGGGCAGAAGGAGGAUGAUGUCAGCAAGUUUCCACUGACUGUCGUCUCUGUGAAGACUGAAGAGCAUGAAGACAAAGCACCUGAGUCCUCACAGCUUCAUCACAGUCCAAACGUCCAGCGGGUGUCAGCGGGGAGUCAUGAAGAGGAGUGGCACACCAGUGUGGGACAGAAGGAGCUACAGGCCCCCUCCCACAUUAAAGAGGAGCAGCUUCAUGAUGAAGAUGAAGCUCAGUCCUUACAGCUUCAUCACAGUCAAAGUGAGGAGAACAGAGGGGCGGAGCUUGUAAGUCAACACAUCACAGAAGCUGAUGGAGAGCAUUGUGAAGAUAUCAAGUCAGAACCAGACAGCAUCUUUGCUCCACUGUCAGACAUGGACCACAUGAUGUCACACUCUUCUGAUCACAGUGACCACAUCCAAAAACCUUUGGAGAGUAAAAAUGACUCUAAAGGUGAUACGAGACAUCACACUAACAACAAACACUUUGACUGCUCUGAAUGUGGGAAAUUAUUUAGAAAGAAGUGUAAUUUUACAGUACACAUGAGAAUACAUACUGGAGAGAAACCUUUUACUUGCUCUGUUUGUAAGAAGAGUUUCUCCAGAAAGGAAUGCAUGACCACACACAUGAGAACACACACUGGAGAGAAACCUUUUGCUUGCUCCGUUUGUAAGAAGAGUUUCUUCAGAAAGGGUGACAUGACCAUACACAUGAGAAUGCACACUGGAGAGAAACCUUUUACUUGCUCUGUUUGUAAGAAAAAUUUCUUCCAAAAGGGUAACAUGACCACACACAUGAGAACACACACUGGAGAGAAACCUUUUGCUUGCUCAGCUUGCACUAAAAGAUUCAACACUGAGAAUGACAUGAUAUUACACAUGAAAACACACACUGGAGAGAAACCUUUUACUUGCUCUGUUUGUAAGAAAAAUUUCUUCCAAAAGGGUAACAUGACCACACACAUGAGAACACACACUGGAGAGAAACCUUUUGCUUGCUCAGCUUGUGCUAAAAGAUUCAACACUAAGAAUGACAUGACAUUACACAUGAGAACACACACAGGUGAGAAACCUUUUACUUGCUCUGUUUGUAAGAAGAGUUUCUCCACAAAGCAUCACAUGACCAGACACAUGAGAACACACACUGAAGAUAAACCUUUUGCUUGCUCAGUUUGUGCUUAAAGAUUCAACACCAAGAAUGACAUGACAUUACACAUGAGAACACACACAGGUGAGAAACCUUUUACUUGCCCUUUUUGUGAGAAGAGUUUCUUGAUAAAGGAACGCAUGACCACACACAUGAGAACACCCA